GCGGCGCGUGGCGGGGCCUGCGCUCCGGGGCCCGGCGUGGUGUCUGGUGGGGAGCAGCCGCCCGCUUGCUGCACCAGCCGAACGAGGCCUUGCGCGCCGUUCUUCCGAAGUCUGGUCCCCGUUGUCGCCCCCGGCCGGCCGCGCCAUGGCCCUGAGGGCGGAGGGCGCCGCGCUCGACUGCUUUGAGGUGACACUCAAGUGUGAGGAAGGGGAGGACGACGAUGAGGCCGUGGUGGUGGCGGUCAUACCGCGCCCCGAGCCGAUGCUCAGAGUAACCCAACAGGAGAAGACCCCGCCACCUCGGCCCAACCUUUUGGAGGCAGGUGGAGAUGGCUGUGAAGAGCCCAAGCAGCAAGUGUCUUGGGAACAGGAGUUCCUGGUGGGAAACAGCCCUGGAGGUGGUGGGCGGACACUGUGCAUGGUGUGUGGGUCAGAGAUCCGGUUCCCCUCGGCCGAAACAGCACGCAUGCACAUUCUGGAGCAGCAUCCACACACCCUAGAUCUGAGCCGCUCUGAGAAGAACAACAUCCUGGAGGCCUGGAGUGAAGGAGUGGCCCUUUUGCAAGAUGUCCAAGCUGAGCAGCCAUCCCUACCGAGCCCAGAAUCAGGCCAGGAUGUCCAGCCAGAUCCAGACUCCAACCCGAACCCUGCCAGGAUGCCAGCAGAGAUCGUGGUCCUCCUGGACUCCGAGGACAACCCUCUCCCUAAAAGGAGCCGGCCUAGAGGACUCCGCCCCCUUGAGCUGCUUGCUGCCCCUGCUACAGAGCCAGGAAAUAAUAAUAAGAAGUCCCGCACUCAGAGAUGGAAGGAACCCUCUGGGGAAGAGCCUGUGAGAAAGAAGAGAGGAAGGCCAGUGACCAAAAACUUGGAUCCUGACCCAGACCCUCCGUCCCCGGACUCACCAGCUGAAGCAUUUGCAGCACCAGCCGAGGUCCGCCACUUCACUGAUGGCACCUUCCCUCCUGGCUUCGUCCUCCAGCUCUUUUCUCAUACCCAGCUUAGAGCCACAGACAACAAGGACUGUCCUAAAGAGGGCCAGGCAGCAGGAGAAGGCCUACCCCAGGCAGUAAGCCCCUCUUCAGAUGGCUGGCCUCUCCACUGUGUAAUGGAUCUUCCAGUCUCAUGCUUGAAGCGGGCCUUCGUUUCCUGUCCCAGGGUGCCCUGUGCCCAAACUCUACCUGUCUGGGGUGCUCCCCCUCCGGGGCUUCGAGGGACACUGGAUCUCCAGGUUAUCCGGGUGCGGAUGGAGGAGCCCCCAGCUGUCAGCCUCUUGCAAGACUGGUCCAAGCACCCCCAGGGCACCAAGGGGGUGGGAGCAGGUGACAGCUCAGACUGGCCCACAGUUCUGUCAGAAUCCAGUGCCACUGUGCGGGGACAGCCAGAAGCAGAAAGUGGGGAGUAAGUUCUUGCUUUCCUGGGGGGCAGAGGGAAGAAAGGCAGCAUCUCCCUUUGGCCUACCACUCAGCUAUCAUCUCAGCCACCUGAUAGAGAAUUUUAACACCAAAUAUCAGGCAGGGUGGAGGGGCAAGCGGGCAGCAUCAUCUCCAUCACUUUGGGGCACCUGGUAGGUGUGGGCCCUUCGCUGGGUCUGAGGCCAGGCUCCCGAGGUAGGCAGUGGUAGCUGGCGCUGUUGUGAGCUGGGGCAUUGGGCCUGUGGAGAACACCCAUCCCAAUCAUUUGUGACCCCUCCACCUCCUCCCACCCAUGUUUAGCCCCCUACCACUCUCCCCUGGCACAGUGCCUUACGCAGAGGUGGUCACAGCGGGGUUUGAACUGAGUCCCACUACCUCGGGGGACACCUCCUCCCCAACUUGUUCAGGCUUCUCCACCAGGAAGCCUCCAUUACCUCUUCCCACUCCGUCCCUGAAAAGUCAUCCAUUAGCCCAUUCUCCCUUUCACCUGUUGUCCUGUUGUAUA